AUGCCCUUUCUCUCCAACCACACCGGCAAGGCUGGCAAGUCUGCUCUGAUGACUGCAUUGUCCUCUCGCUUUCGGUUCUCCCCCAAGGCUUCAUGGCCUGCCAACAUGUCAUGGCUUAUGCUCCCCUCGCCGGCCACAGAGACCUCUGCUGAGGCUGUUUUGACGGCCUUUGCCGGAAUGGAACCUGAUAUGGUACUCGAUCACUUGCAGACUCAUCGGGAUGGACUGACCGAUGAAGAGGCUGAUGCCCGCCGAUCCAUCAAGGGGCCAAAUGUGCUGCCGACUCACACAGCUCCUUCUUGGUUCAUUACUCUUCUCAAGGCCAUCCCGAACCCAUUCAAUAUUCUUCUAAUCGUCCUGGCCAUCAUCACUGCUGCUAUUCCGCCAGGAGACUGGAAAGGCUUCGCCGUCUUGCUUGUCAUGGUCAUCAUCUCCGUAGCCGUGCGUUUCUGGCAAGAGUACCGAAGUAGCUUGGCGGUCUUCAAGCUUCAGGCGUCGGUGUCCUGUAAUCUUGACGUUCGUCGCCAGCCGAACAUGGCUCUGGGCCAAAAGAUGUCUCCCCCGAGCGAGGCAAGCUGCAAGACCAUUGCCGAGCGUGAUCUUGUCCCUGGAGAUGUUGUUGUUCUGUCCCCCGGCUCUGUAAUGCCAGCUGACUGCUUGAUUUUGGAAGCCAACUUCCUUCGAGUUAGUCAGUCAACCUGGACCGGAGAAAACGACCCGGUGCCAAAGACACCCAGCGUAUCUGGUGAGAAAGGCACGACCCUUUUCGAUCUCAACAACAUUGCCUUCAUGGGAACAAGCGUCAUCUCAGGUAAUGGAGUGGCCCUGGUUCUUCGAACUGGUGCCGACGUCUUGAUUGCGAGCAUGGCCAAAGAACUCAAGAAACGGCGUGAACCGAACUCCUUCCAGUUGGGUAUUCGACAUGUUAGCUAUAUGCUGAUCGGAUUCAUGCUCACCAUGGUCCCACUGGUGCUGGGCAUCUCCGGAUACACUACCAAGGACUGGGACGCGGCGGCUCUUUACAGCAUCAGUGUUGCCGUUGGAUUGGUUCCUGAGAUGCUUCCUGCCAUCGUCAAUGCUAACCUUGCCCGUGGCGCGUACGUGCUCUCCAAGAUGAAGGCCAUCUCCAAGCGACUCGAUUCGGUUCAAAAUUUGGGUGCCAUGACAGUCCUUUGCAGUGACAAGACCGGAACCCUGACCAAGGACGAAAUUACCUUGUGUCAAUAUCUUGAUUGCAACGGCGAGACAAGUGUCAAUGUUUUGAAACUCGCGACUGUCGAUGCGAUGGUCCAGGGCUCUAAUGGUAACAACAUUGACGGCGCCAUCCUGGACUACCGUAUGCCUGAUGGCUGUCGCGUCAACACAGCCCAGUACGAGAAAGUUGCCGCAAUCCCUUUCAACUUCGAGCGCCGCAGGUCUGCCUGCGUGGUCAAAGGGAUGACUGGAACCAACCUACUCAUAUGCAAGGGUGCCUUUGAAGAGGUCCUACGUGUUUGCAGCACGGUCCGACGGGGGGCCGUCUCUACUCCUCUCGACUUUCGAAUUAAGCAGUCCCUCCUAGAGCGUGCAAAUUCCCUUAACAAGAAUGGAUACCGUGUCCUCUUGGUCGCGACGAGGCAGAUUGGCGACAUUAGCAAGCAAGACGAAGAGGGUCUGCACGAACUCGAAUCCAGCAUGGUCCUCGAAGGCAUGAUCAGCUUCAUCGACCCGCCCAAGGAUGACGCCGCCGAAUCCAUUGCCCAGCUGAAGAAACUAGGUGUCGAGGUCAAAGUCCUCACGGGUGACACGCUUCCCGUAGCGGUCAAUGUCUGUCAGCGCCUUGACCUGAUCGGCCGCGAUGAAGGCUCCGACGACGACGAUUCGCUGGCAAUCACUGGGCCCGAACUGGCGCUUCUCGAGGACACGGAUGAAUUCGACAAGGUGGUCAGGACUUGCAAAGUUUUUGCCAAGCUGACUCCUAAUCAAAAGGCGCUUGUCAUUGGCAGUCUCCGCAAGGCCGGUCACUGUGUUGGGAUGCUGGGCGACGGGAUCAACGACUGUAUUGCACUUCGGAAGGCUGAUGUGGGCAUCUCGGUCGACUCUGGGGCGAGCGUUGCCAAGGACUGUGCCGAUUUAAUUCUGACGGAAAAAGGGCUGGGCAUUAUUGUUACCAGUGUGACAACUGGUCGUCUUACUCAUGGUAACACUAUCAAGUACAUCAAGAUGGUGGCUUCUUCCAACUUUGGCAAUGUCUUUAGUAUGCUUGCGGCUUCUGCUUGGCUUCCAUUCACUCCAAUGCUGGGUAUUCAAAUAUUGGCGCAAAACUUGCUUUACGACGUUAGCCAGAUUGCCAUCCCAUGGGAUCGGAUCGACCCCGAGUAUUUGGCCACGCCCAAGACGUGGAAGACAUGGGAUCUCCUCCGAUUUGUCGUGAUCCUAGGUCCAACCAGCUCCGUCAUCGAUAUUCUCACCUUCUCCCUCGGCUGGUUCUUCUACGGCAUCCAAACCGCGGAUAAUGUAGUCGACGUGCGGCGUUUCCAGACUCACUGGUUCCUGCAAGGUCUUCUUACCCAAACUCUCAUCGUGCAUCUCUUGCGAACUCCCAAAAUCCCAUUCGUCCAGUCUCGCGCUUCGAUGCCGCUUGCUUUGUCUACUACAGCCGUCAUGGUCAUUGGCUUCGUGCUCACUUGGAUCCCGCCAAUCCAGCGCGGCCUUAGCUUUGCGCAGCCAGCGCCGUCGUACGUCGGGUUCUUGGUGGCAGAGCUGCUGCUGUACUGCAUUGAGGUGCAGAUUGUGAAGAUGAUCUACAUCAAGAUCUUCAAGACGUGGUUGUGA